AAACAACAAGAAAGCAGCAAGUGGUUUCUGGAUGUAAUAAGAGACUGCUCAGACCACCUCCUCAGAGGAAAAACCAGGAGCGGGCUUUACCUGGUGACACCUGACCUCCGCAGCAGCAGCUUUCAGGUGUUCUGUGACAUGGAGCUGGAUGGCGGCGGAUGGACCCUCCUGCAGCGCCGCCAGGACGGCAGCGUGAGCUUCAACCGCCCCUGGGUGGAGUACCAGGCCGGCUUCGGAGUGCUGGACGGAGGAGAGUUCUGGCUGGGCAACAACAAGAUGCACCUGCUGACCCGGGACAGGGACAUGGAGCUGCGGGUGGAGCUGGAGGACUUUGAUGGAGUGACAGAGCAUGCGCAGUAUGAGCACUUCAGGGUUGCCAGCGAGCGGCUCCGCUACAGACUGACGGUGGGCGGGUACUCCGGUACCGCAGGCGAUGCUCUGCGCUUCAGCAAGACCUACGACCACAACAACAGGGCGUUCACCACCCCUGACAGGGACAACGACCGGUACCCGUCCGGGAACUGCGGGGCCUACUACAGCUCCGGCUGGUGGUUUGACGCCUGCAUGGCUGCAAACCUCAACGGCAAAUAUUACUUUGGGAAGUAUAAAGGAGUUCGGGACGGGAUUUUCUGGGGAACAUGGCACAACAUAUCUACAGAGUACUACCCCACCAAUGAGAGACAGUCUUUUAAAUCAGUCAGGAUGAUGACCCGACCAAAGAGCUUUGGCUUGCGUUAAUAAAGCGAACAUUAAAUGCUUUUGUCCAGGUUCCUA